CAAUAGUAACAGCGGUGCUCCAGCAGAAGCCGGGACGCUAUGGCCACGUUAGCUCGCCUCCAAGCUCGGUCGACGUUCCUGGUACAGCAGUACUACUUCAGGAACAGUGCUGUAGAUGUAUUUAGAAAAAAGGAGUAUGAUGCAGCAGUUAAAAUCCAGAGCUGGUUUCGAGGAUGUCGAAUUCGGGCAUAUCUCAGGUAUUUACACAGAGCAGCAACUGUUAUUCAAAAAUGUUGGAGAGGUUACUUAGGCAGACAACAUUAUCAACUAAUUGUGAAGUUAGAAUUUUGUACUAUGAAGAUGAAUCUCUACAACGCAAUGGCUGUCAGGAUUCAGAAGCGAUGGCGAGGCUAUCGAAUUCGGAAAUACUGCUUUAAUUAUUUUUAUUUGAAGGAGUACCUGAAGGCUGUUUCAGAGACCAAUGAUGCAGUUAGGGAGGCGUUAGAGGAGUUUGCAGAGAUGAAAGAAAGGGAAGAGAAGAAGGCUGACCUCGAAAGGGAAGAGAAGAAAAGAGAUUACCAAGCCCGAAAGAUGCAUUACCUCCUCAGCACAAAGCAGAUUCCAGGUAUAUACAAUUCACCAUUUAGAAAAGAUCCCGAUCCAUGGGAAUUACGGUUACAGAAGGCAAAGCCCUUAAUAAGCCAAAGGCCUAAAGUUAAGCAGAAGCGCGACGUCAACAUUAGCAGCCGGCUGGCUUGUACGAGUGCCCGCUCCCUUCCUCAAUCUGAAAUUCUGCCACCCAUUGAUAGGAAGCAGUGUCAGGGACCUUUCCGUGAUAUCACCGAAGUACUGGAACAGCGCUACAAGCCUUUGGAGCCAACAUUGUGGAUGGCAGAACCAAUCAAUGAGUUAAAGAUGGCCAGAGAAGAACUCAGAAAACAGGAGUGGAUGCGAAAUAUAAAUGACAAUAUGUUUUUGCCAUUUUCUUCCUACCAUAAAAAUAAAAAGUACAUCCCAUUAAUGCAUUCAUCAAGCAAGUAUGGUCCCAAUUCUUACGGAAGUCAACAUUUUAGAGAUGAAAAUCCUAAGAAAUGGAUCUGUGACAAGGAUUUCCAAACUGUAUUACCAUCAUUUGAUCUCUUCUCAAAGUAUGGAAAAUUAUAUUCAAAAGCUGGACAAAUUAUAUAAAGAAAGUAAAAGAAGACAAAAGGUAAAAAGGAGGUUAAAGUGUGAAGUGAGUGUGGAAUAGAAGGACCCCCACUGCCUGGAUUCCUGGAUUCUACUUCUGUGACUGCUGAGCGACCUUGACACAAGUCUUUUAACCUCUGGAGUUUCUCUCUCUCUCUCUCUCUUUCUCUCUCUCUUAUUUGUCCCAAAGAAAAAAUUGGAAACACCUUUGGUUCAUUCAAAAAUUCUGCAGUUAUAAUAGUAAAAUAAAAAUGAGUAUCCUAC